CGACGCUGGACCUUGACCUUGUGGGCGGACCGGGGGGAAAGGAAGCUAGAAGUACGGGGGGCAUCCGAGAGGGAGGCCCGGGAUGGAGCACCCAGAGGGGGCACCGAGGCUGCAGUGCGGAGGCGGGAGCCUGGACUUCUCAAGACCGUGCCCUUCCCAGGGCAGGAGCAGAACGGAAGGAAUGACUUCUGGCCUGCUGACUGCCAGGCUCCAGCAUCCGGUGACAUUCAGCGAUGUGGCUGUGCACUUCUCAUUGGAGGAGUGGAGACACCUGAGCCCUGCCCAGAGGGACCUGUACAGGGACGUGAUGCUGGAGAACUAUGAGAACCUGGUCUCUGUGGGGCUUUUAGUUUCUAAACCAGAUGUCAUCUCCCAGUUGGAGAAUGAAGUACCGUGGAUACCUGAGGGAGAAUUCCCAAGUGGCCCUUACCCAGAUUCUUUUAAUAAGAAGACUAGGUAUGAAAAUAAGGACUUGAUUCUGACUGAAGACACUUGCCUGCAUGCCUUGGCCAAGGAAAAUGGACCACAAGACAAUCCCUGGUAUCUCAACAUAGGAGAAUCUGGGGAAUGUGAGGUCGAAUUCCAGAGCCAGAAGGGUCCAGAGGAGGGAGAGUCCCAGGAGUUAACAGUCACUCACAAAGGAACAUUUUAUAAGGCAAAUGUCCUUGAUUGUAAUUCCUUUGUGAGACAUUUUAGUCUGGGGCCCGUCUUUUUUCCACAAUGGAGAACUGCCAUAGGAAGAAGUUUCCAUAAAUAUAAUACACUUGGAAAGAACUUAAGACAGUUUUCAGGGAAGAAACUUAAUAUGCAUAACACAGACAGGAAAACUUUCAGUUACCACUCAGACCUCAUCAAAUGUCAUAGAACAUAUGCUAGUGAAAAGCUGUAUGAAUAUAAUGACUGUGGAAAAGCCUUUGACAAAAAAACAAAUCUUACUGAACAUCAGAAUAUUCAUACUAGAGAGAAACUCUUUGAAUGUAAUGAAUGUGGAAAAGGAUUCAGACGAAAGCAUUACCUUAAAAGCCAUCAGAGAACUCACACUGGUGUGAAACCCUUCGAAUGUAAUGAAUGUGGGAAAGCAUUCAAUGACAGUCGGAACCUAAUUAGACACCAGAAAAUUCAUACUGGAGUAAAACCAUUUGAAUGUAAUGAAUGUGGAAAAGCUUUCAAUGAAAGGCAGUCCCUUAUUAGACAUGAGAGAACUCAUUCUGGAGUCAAACCCUUCAAAUGUAAUGAAUGUGAAAAAGCCUUUGGCUGGAGGGAAAACCUCAUUAGCCAUCAGGGAACUCAUACUGGGAUCAAACCCUUUGAAUGUAAUGAAUGUGGGAAAGGCUUCAGACGAAAGCAUUACCUUAAAAGUCAUCAGAGAACUCAUAUUGGAGUGAAACCUUUUGAAUGUAAUGAAUGUGGGAAAGCCUUCAAUGACAGUCGGAACCUAAUUAGACACCAGAAAAUUCAUACUGGAGUGAAGCCUUUUGAAUGUAAUGUUUGUGGGAAAGCCUUCAAUGAAAGGCAGACCCUUAUCCGACAUGAGAGAACUCACACUGGUGUGAAACCCUUUGAAUGUAAUGAAUGUGAGAAAGCUUUUAUGCGGAAGGAUUGUCUUAAAAGCCAUCAGAGAACUCAUACUGGAGUGAAGCCCUUUGAAUGUAAUGAAUGUGGGAAAGCCUUUAGUCAGAAGGGACACUUUAUUAUCCAUCAGAGAACCCAUACAGGAGUGAAACCUUUUAAAUGCAAUGAAUGUGGGAAAGCUUUCAAUGAUAGGCAGUCCCUUACUAGACAUCAGAGAACCCACACUGGAGUGAAACCAUUUAAGUGCAAUGAGUGUGGGAAGGCCUUCAAUGACAGGCAGAAUCUUAUUAGACAUCUGAGGACUCAUACUGGAGUUAAACCCUUUGAAUGUAAUGAGUGUGGAAGAGCUUUCAAUGACAGGCAAAACCUUAUUAGACAUCAGAGAAUUCAUACUGGGGGGAAGCCCUUUGAAUGUAAUGAAUGUGGGAAAGCCUUUAGUGCCAGUCAGAACCUUAUAAGACAUCAGAGAAUUCAUACUGUAGGGAAACCCUUUGAAUGCAAUGAAUGUGGGAAAUCCUUCAGUCAAAAAGGACACCUUAUUAGUCAUCAGACAAUUCAUACUGGAGCAAGAGCCUUUGAAUGUAACGAAUGUGGGAAAGCCUUCAGCCAGAGAGGAAGCCUCAAUAGACAUCAGAGAACUCAUACUGGAAUGUAGUUCUUUGAAUAUAAGGGAUAUGGAAAAUCCUUCAGGCAUAAGGAAUACAUUAAAAGCCAUUAGAGCUCAUAUUGGAGUGAAAUCUGCUCAAUGUGGGGAUGUCUUCAGCCACACAAGAGGCCUUAUUUAUCAUCAGAGAACCUCAUACUACAGUGAAACCACAUGAAUGCAAUGAAUGUGGGAAAGCUUUCCAUGAGACAGAUCAUUAUUAGAUAUCAUGCAAGUCAUAUUGGAGUGAAUGUAAUAAGAAUGGAGAAGCCAUCAGUGAGAGGUGGACCCUUGGUAGGCAUAGGAGAACUCAUGUUGGAGUGAAACUUUGAAUUCAGGGAAUGGGAAAACCCUCAGAUCCUGGAAAUGCCUUAUUAGCCAUCCAAGAACUCAAACUGGAGAGAACCCCUUUUAAUCCAAUGAAUGUGGGAAAGCCUUCAAUAGGAAGGAUGACUAUCAGAGAAUUCAUUCUGGAAUGAAGCCCUUUUAAUGUAAUAAAGGUGGGAAAGCCUUCUGGUGGAGAGCCCUUAUUAGCCACCCUCAGACUCAUGUUGCCUAAAGCCCAUUGAAUCAAUAAGGAAUUCACUAAGCACCCACUCAGGGCUAAGAGUCUGAGUUUUCCUCCAGAUAACAUGCUUUAGUUGCAUGUUUUGUUGCAGUGUACUAAUUCUAGUAGCUAGGUAGUGCAGUGGAUAGACUGGGGUCAAGAAGACUUGAAUGCAAAUCCAGCCUCAGACACUUAUUACUAGCUGUGUGACCCUGAGCAAGUGACUUAACCCUGUUUGCCUUAGUAUCUUUGCCAAGAAAAUGCCAAAUGGGAUCAUGAAGAGUUGGACAUGACUAAAACAAGUGAAUAACAACGAAUUCUCCUGGACUUGGAUUUUCCUUGGAUGACAUGUUGGUGGAAGCAACUACAUGAUUGGGCAACAUGAAAAGUGUUACAUGUUCAAAAGCUAGGAAUUGAAUCAUGUGGUCCCAAUAGGACACCUUUUGUGCAAAUGGCAGAAAUUGGAACUAUGCAAUGCAAUAAGGUACUGGGACCUAAGCGCUAAGUGACAGUUGGUGCUACUGCAGGCAUUUUUCUCUAUCACUAUGAACGCACAAAUGAUAUUGGAGGGGGUUUAAUAUUUAGGUCAAGAGAGAAAACACUAAACUAGUGAAAGCAUCCUACUAACCCAAAAGGACAGCUAAAUGAUUUAUGAUGAAAGGCUGGUUCUUGUUCGUCUUUAAAGGAGUGUGCAACCAGCUUAUUCAACUAACUUUCAAAGCACCAUCAAGCCUUUGGAAUUUCUGUGUAUAGACUUUUUUUUAAAGCAUCCCAAUAGUGCCAGGCGAUUUUAACUAUAGUUACUCAUCUAGGGACUCAAAUAAUUCAACAGUUAAGAAAGCAUAAGACAUAUGAGAUAAAUAUUUCUCUAAAUAGCAAACACUAUUGCCUGUAGGCAAAAGAAGCAGAUUUCCUGAUGAGAAAGAUUAAAAUAGUGAUGGAAAUUCAACCAAAUGGGCUCUAAGAAGAACCCAUCUGCCAUGCGAUGAUAAUCCAUUGGAAUUAAAUGAAUGCGGUGAUGAUGCAGGUGUUUAGACUCUGCUAGGAAUGACAAUGUGUGUGUGUAACUACGUGAGGGUCACCUCUUUCCAAAGGGAGAUAGAGGUACUGGACAAAGAGUUAACUCUUUUUUACCUAAUACUUGAACUGCAGGGAUUCUGUUACUUAAUAAGAAAGGAAGGGAAUGUGGUAGUGUGGAAAAGGUGCUAGAUUUGGAGUGUGAGGACAUGGGCUCCAAUCAUGGCUCAGUCACUACCUUAGUGACCUGGGAUAAGUUCCUUGACUUGCCUGGGCUCCCUUUCUUCAUCUGUAAAAAAGGAGUGGGUUGUGUCCCACUUCCAGCCUUCCAGCUACAUUCCUCCAAAUAUUCAGCCAGUGACAAAGCUAACAGUAUCAUUUUCUAGCAAUGGGAGAAGUGCUUACACAUUGAACCAGACGACCCCCAUUGUUGGAGUGAAUGUAAUGGUUGCUUUGUAUUUAUCAACAAGCAUUUCCUAAGCACCCACUAUGUGCUGCUCACCUCCUCGCCAUGCUAGCAAUACAGCUAGGUCCCGAUUAGUGCAAAUAAUGAGUCCCAUGCAGUCAUCACAUUGUUCAAAUUCACACCAUUCAAAGUUAUGUGUAAAAGAUGUUCAUUGGUUCUAGCCCAAUGGAAAUAUGCAAUGAAAAUUUUUAAACAAGUUUUUUAUCUUUUUAUUAAUGUAGUAUAAUGAAGAAAAUGUAUUUUGGAUUCAUGUUUAUUAUGAAAUAAUAGAGAAGUUCUAGAAAGCAAAAUUUUUUAAAUUACUAAAUAUGCCUAAAGAUGAGCCUAUGCUCAGGAUAUGACAAAAAUUAUUGUCAUUUAAAAAAUAUUUUAGCAGCAUAGACUGAACUGUCUUCUCUUUCUUUAACUCUUCAUACAUAUGCUGAUAAGUGCAAACAGUUUUUUCUAUAUCUCAUUUGGAUAAUUUGCAUGCUUACAUUCUUAUGUAAUGAACACCAAGUGUAGUUAGAUGACUUGGGGUAUUAUCUAAAAUCACUAAUGCUUUAAAUGAAAUGUUGUGGUCUUUGCAGUACUUUUCAACAGGUAACUUCAUAACUUCAAAAACAGUCUUUGGAAAUGUCUCUAGUCACCCAAGGUUUCUUAUUUCACUGCCAAAGAACUGGAAGCCUCUCACAGCAAAAGGAUUUCAAGACUGAUAAACAAGCAUUCAUUUUGAUUUAAAAUCCCUUUCAGCAUUAUCUCUCAACAAAAGUGUUAGGUGAUCCUUAGAUACUUUAAAUCCAGGGUGUUGUUUCUUUUCUGACUUAGAGAUGUAAGCCCUGGGAGGCAUCCUUUUCCAGAAUGAGCCUGUUUUGGGGGCAGCUAGGUGGUGCAGUGGAUAAAGCACUGGCCCUGGAUUCAGGAGGACCUGAGUUCAAAUCCAGCCUCAGAUACUUGACACUUACUAGCUGUGUGACCCUGGGCAAGUCACUUAACCCUCAUUGCCCCACCAAAAAAGAAAAUACACCAGAAUGAGCCUGUUUCAUCUACAUUAAUAUUUUGUGGAUCAGUGUCUCCACUUUCUUCCAUUGUUUUCUUCAGAACAUCAGAAUUUUUAGCUUCUGCAUCCUUGCACUGCUACCUUUCUGAUCAUUUAACAUUCAAUUGAACUGAAUAUUUAAAGCACUUCAAUCAACACUUACAGCAAACGUUUCUUCACCCUCCUCUUCAAUUCCAUUUUCUGUCACUACCUUAAAAAACUUCAGUCUGAAAGGCUGCUCUGUUGAGAAUGUGCUUCACACAACUUGAAUGAGAUCCAUUUCUGUCAUAACACUUUUGUUCAUGGUAGUUUGCAAACUACAGAAAGCUGAUGCAACUUGGCCUUUUUUUCCAUUUCAUUUAUUUUUCUCUUAUUUCAUUAUAUUUGUGCUCUACAAUAGUCUGUAUCUUGUCUAGACUUACUAUGACUGUGUUCAUGCUACAUCAGCUACAUCAAAUUUUUGUUCUGCUGUAAGAACAAGCCUCUUCUUUUUUGUGUGCUAGCAGUGUUUCCAUCUGAAUUAUUCUUCCUCUUGCCCAUUUUGUCAAAGGCUUUCUACAAUAUAAAAUCAAUACAACUGUUGGUAAGAUAGUUUGCAACAGCACAUCUCCACACACAACUUUAGGGAAGUGCAGUCUGACAGCAUAACUGCAUACUAAAAUCCCUUGUCUGGCUCAUGUAUGUCACAUUAAUUCAAUUUUGAUUCAUUAAAUGCAACUGGUAUUUUGCAAUUUGUACUAAAUCAAAUUUUGCAUUGCUUAAGGUUGCAUCUAUCAUGACUGACAGGCCAAUAAAGAUGAAGUACAAAGAUAAAGAAGAAACAGUUCCUGGCUUCAUGGGACUUAGAUUCUAUCACAUGUAACUGCAGCUGACAGAAUUAGGUUUUACCACAUGCCCAAAGAAGGUAAUUGGUCAAAUGGGGGGAAAUAUCUUUGCAUCAGAUUUCCUGGAUAAGGGCUUGGUAUCCAAGAUAUACAGACAAUAGAAAUGCAUAAAACCAAAAAAAAAACUCAAAAAGAAGUGGUCAGAGUGCAUGAGCAACUGGUUAUCAAAUGAAGAAUUGUAACCCAACAGCUAAGAAUAACAAAUGCAAAUCAAAAUGAUCUUGCAGUUUCACUCAAAGCAGGUAGUACAGCAGAUACAGUGUGUUGAACUUGGAGCCAAGAAGAAGGCCUGAGUUCAUAUCUGACCUCAGAUAUUUACCAGCUGCAUGACCCCAGAGAAAUCACUCUGGCUCCAUUUCCUUAACUGUAAAAUGAGGCUAAUAAGAGCACUUACUCCAAAGGGUUGUGAGGAUAAAAUGAGAUAAUAUUUGCAAAGCAAUUUACGAAACUAAAGUGGUAUACGGAGCAACUAUAUUUGAUUUAAGACACUAAUGACUUCUGUGUCAGGAACAAUGAGGUCUCAACUUCUAAGUGGAGCCCCAUCUACACAUUAGACUGAAUGGUGAGGUUCCCCCAGCCAUACUGUCAUAUAGGCCUGAGCAGAUCAGCAUAUUGGAUCAAAUACAACUGCUUAUACAAAUAAACACUUGGAAUGAUGGGAGAAUGUACAUGCCUGCUCAGGUCAGGUAAUUGGGAGCUGAGGAAAAGUAGAUUUGGGUGCAUUCCUUUAAACAUGGGAAUGAGAAAGAGUUCUUAUUGGCAUUGCUACAUGGUCACAGAGGAACCGACCAUUCGCACACAUAUCCUUACAAAUAUUUUAAAAACACUAGAAUGAAUAAUGAUCCAGAAAUUCAAAGAGAAACUUCAGUAAGCAACUUCAUCAAACCCAGCACUGUGUAAAGAGAGCAAAAACAACCUAGAAAAUAGCUCAAGGAAAGAUAAGCUAAGAUUUACUCUUCCUAAAGCCCCUGACCCAUCCAGAGCUCCUACCACCACCAUCAAAAAAAAAAAAGAAAGAAAAGAAA